UGGCGGAAGUAAACAAUACAAGUGCACCUUCAGCUGCAUGCACGUAUUGAUUUAGCUAACGAUAUUUUAGUUGUAUCAUUUUAUAAAUAUACAUAUUCCAUUUGUAAUUAAGCAACAAUGUCGGCAUAUCAGCAUUUAAGACGGUUUGUCAACGAGCGACUAACUGCUGCUGCUGAAGAAAUAUUCGGAGUUUUUGAAAAAACUAUCGUCGAGUACGAGGAAGAGAUCGGUCGUCAGCGCAGACUGUUGGAUAUCGUUUGGAAACCCGAAAUGAAUGUACUCAGAAUAGAGCUCCCACAGCCACGUGUCUGUAAGGAGGAGGAGGUUCUCGCUGACCAGCAGCAGCUCUGUAUUCAGGAGAGGAACUCCAGUCUGGACCAAGAGGAGCCAGAGCCUCCACAGAUUAAAGAGGAACAGGAGGAACUCUGCGUCAGUCAGGAGGGAGAGCAGCUUGUACUGAAGCAGGAGACCGAUGCCUUUACGUUGACUCCUACUUAUAAGGAAAGUGACCACAGUGAAGGUCAGACUCUGAACUUCAGUAUGGACGAGACUCAGAUUGCAGUGGAGGAAAAUCCUCUAAACUACAUUUGGGUUAAAAGCUCUGUGGUAUCAGAAGCAAACAGUGACCACCAGCUCCUCUCUCACAACUCUCAUGAAGCUGAGAGCCAAGAUCAGAAAGGAGGAGAAGACUCAGGAUCAACUAGAAAUGCAGAGCCAGAACCAAACAAGAGACAUCACAGAAGCAUAGGUCACGGUAACAAUGUGAACAACCCUAACCUCUCAGAGAUUCACCGUGAUGCUCACGCAAGUAAAACAUCUUCUAAAUGUGAUGUAUGUGGAAAAGAGUUUAAGUAUCAUUCACGAUUGCAAAGACACAUGAGAACCCACACAGGUGAGAAGCCUUAUACUUGUAAAACAUGUGGGAAAGAUUUCGGAACUAGCUAUGAAUUGAAUGUCCACGUGAGAACCCACACAGGUGAGAAGCCGUACCUUUGCAAGACCUGCGGGAAAAGAUUCAGAGCCACUUCAGCAGUGAAAGUCCACAUGAGAACCCACACAGGGGAGAAGUCGUAUACUUGCAAAACAUGCGGGAGAGCUUUCAGAAAUGUUGGUCACUUGACAAUCCACAUGAGAACCCACACUGGUGAGAAGCCGUAUACUUGCAAAACAUGCGGGAAAGGUUUCACGUGUAGUAGUCACUUGAAACUCCACAAGAGAAUCCACACAGGUGAGAAGCCGUAUACUUGUAAAACAUGCGGGAAAUGUUUCAAACAUAAUAGUGACUUUAAAGUCCACACGAGAACCCACACAGGGGAGAAGCCUUACCUUUGCAAUACCUGCGGGAAAAUAUUCCGUGACAAUUCAGUAUUGAUUAGGCAUAUGAGAAUCCACACGGGUGAGAGGCCGUUUACUUGCAAAACAUGCGGGAAAAGUUUCAAAUUGAAUAGUGUCUUGAACGUCCACGUGAGAAUCCACACAGGCGAGAAGCCGUAUACUUGUAAAACGUGCGGGAAAAGUUUCAAAUGUAAUGGUGAAUUGAAAGUCCACACGAGAACCCACACAGGUGAGAAGCCGUACCUUUGCAAGACCUGCGGGAAAAGAUUCAGUGACAAUUCAGCGUUGAUACGGCAUACGAGAAUCCACACGGGUGAGAGGCCUUAUACUUGCAAAACAUGUGGGAAGGAUUUCAAUCGGCCGUCAUCAUUGAAGUAUCAUACAAGAACCCACACAGGCGAGAAGCCGCAUAUUUGUGUAACGUGUGGGAAAGGUUUCACAUGUAAUAGUGUCUUGACAAAACACAUGAGAAUCCACACAGGUGAGAAGCCGUAUUCUUGUAAAACAUGCGGGGAAAAUUUCAGACGUAGCGAUAAAUUGAAUGUGCACAUUAGAAGAACCCACACAGGUGAGAACCCGCACUAUUGCAAAGGCACAUAAGA